UCCCAUGGAAAUCAAAUGACCAUCGAAGAGCAAGGGUGAGGCAGGACGCCGAUUCCGACUCAAAUCAACGGUCGGAAGGCGGAUGAAACAGGCCAAACACGGCGGAAUCGAGAUUGAAGAUGAAAAUGAAAAUGAAAUUGAGGAGGCAAAGUUGAAAGAACGGAAAUUUCACUUCGUUUGGAAUUGGUGUUUCUUCAGCGAGGAGAUCUUGGGCAUCCACGAGAGAAUAAGAAUCCCUCUUCCACUCCACUACGAGCUUCAAACAAGAUUCCAUUUGCUGCUACUUCUACUCGUUCCCGCAACUUCAUUCCGCACCCAGAAUCCGUCUGCAGAUGAAGGCCAGAGCCGUGAGGACCUUUAUCGAAUUGCACAAGAGCAAAUGAACUUUUCCUCGAGGAGUGAGGGAGAGCUUCUAAGUGUACCCACCUUCUUUGGACAUAGUGAGCAAGAAGAACCAAGCUCUGUAUAGCCGCUGAUCCCAAAGAGAAUCAACAUCUUGGAGUAUAUUGCUUGCUUCAACUUGUCCCGUCUUCUGAGGGUUCGAGAUGCGGUUCUUUUGAUUUUUUAUCAGUUCUCCUUUAUUUCUUUCACUUGCAGCCAAAUGAGCUUGAGCUCAACGAGUACCCCUUCUGAGGGUUGUCUAAUGCUUUAAAUAUACAGAAAUCCCACCAGAACAGUUAGGAAUCUGGAUUAACAAGCAUACGCUAUGUGCCAAAUCAUCUACAUCCCGGAUAAGCUGCCAAUUCCACCUGGCCAACAACCCACUGUUAAUGUCUUUGCUGCUGUGGUCGAGCCCAAAUUAAUUAACAAUCUUGUAAGGCGUUUAAAUCAGAUAGCGCCAUUGGAAAACCUCCGCCAUGUGAAGAGAGUUCAGAAGAAGCACCUUGAAGAUGGAAAGACUCAAAUAGCAUUGAUCCUAUGUCUUGCACGUGAAAACAACUGCAAUUUGGAUGACAUGCCUUCAGAUGUACAAGAGCUUGUGACUUCAUACCAGUUGAGUGCCUUUAUCACGAAGGUUUGUAAGGAAGCAGCAUCAACAAAAGAAGAAUGGGAAGAGCAGUGCAAGCUUUGGCCAACAUCAUAUCAUCCACCCACAUACAACAUCGAUGGUAUCACCGGAUUUAACGAAGAGGAGACACAAUCAGUUUUUGGCUUGAUGCGACUAGCAAUAGAAUUAGCACAGUCAUCUCAUAAAACGGUGGUAAAUGCUGCGGUAAUAAUAGAUCCUUCAGAUAAGCAAGUAAUUGCAACUGCUUGUGAUCAUCAUAUUUUCUCGGAGAAUGCCAUGAGCAAUGCCAGCGGGGAAACAGGCUUCAAAAAGCGGUUAGAAUCUAUUGGUUCUCAUGCUGAUUCCAAUGGAGCCACUAUCCAUGAAACUUUGCCCUCGAGUGCCUCUCUGAAAGUACUGAAACAAUCAUGUUCUAACGUUUCGUGUUUGUAUCCAUGGCGAUGGGUUGAGCAACAGUUGCAACAUUCAUCAAAUUCUUGUUCUUGGCACCCUCUAAGGCAUGCAGCUAUUGCAGCUAUUGAAUCUUCUGCAGCCCGGGAUAGGCGCCUAUUCCCGACUUCUGGAACCGUUGGUGACAAAUCUAUUGAAAUGGAGCCUAUGGGGCCUCCUACCAACCUAGCGAAAAGACAGAAGACUGAUCUUGAUAAUGCCAAAAGUGAGGAGGAGAAACGAGGUACUGAUAUUGAGGGCAUAGAUUCAAAAUCAGGCAGACCUUACUUGUGCACUGGUUAUGACAUUUAUCUUGUGUGGGAGCCAUGUAUUAUGUGUGCCAUGGCGCUCAUUCACCAGCGAGUUAGGCGCGUGUUUUUUGCAUUCCCGAAUCCUAGUGAUGGGGCAUUGGGCAGUGUUCGCAGAUUACAAGGUCAAAAGAGCUUGAACCAUCACUAUGCUGUUUUUAGAGUUUUGUUACCUGAAGAUGCACUUUGAUUGCUCAAUCUUGUUCAUUCAACGAGGGAUGUUAAUUUUUCCCGUGAAAUUUCUCAAAUUUAAUCAUAGAUGGAAUUGGAAAGAUGAAUAUUUCAAACUUGUUUGUAUUUUUAAUGUUAGUCUAAUCUAUUUAUUUUU